AUGACCGAAAUGAGCGAGAAGGAGAACGAACCGGAUGACGCGGCCACCCACACCCCCCCGGGGACCGUCUCUGCCCUCCAGGAAACCAAGCUGCAGCGGUUCAAGCGCUCGCUUUCCCUCAAGACCAUCCUCCGAAGUAAGAGCGUGGAGAACUUCUUCCUUCGCUCGGGCUCUGAGCUCAAGUGCCCCACUGAGGUGCUGCUGACCCCCCCAACCCCGCUGCCCCCUCCCUCCCCACCACCGGCAUCUACAGACGGGGGCCUCCCAACCCCGGCCCCCUCCCCCUGCCCCAUCCCACGGCCCCUGGCAUCACUCAAACCAGUAAGACUGCACAGCUUCCAGGAACAUGUCUUCAAGAGAGCCAGCCCCUGUGAGCUCUGCCACCAGCUCAUCGUGGGAAACUCCAAGCAGGGUUUGCGGUGUAAGGCAUGCAAAGUGAGUGUCCACCUCUGGUGCUCUGAGGAGGUCUCCCGCCAGCCGUGCCCUGGCAAGGCGUCCUCCUUCCGCCGCAACUUCAGCUCCCCGCUCCUGGUGCAUGAGCCACCCCCAGCCUGUGUCACAAGCAGAGAGUCCCCACCCACUGGAGCCAGCGGAAAGGUAGACCCCGUCUACGAGACCCUGCGCUAUGGCACCUCCUUGGCACUGAUGAACCGCUCCAGCUUCAGCAGUACCUCUGAGUCCCCCACGCGGAGCCUGAGUGAGCGGGAUGAGCUGACUGAGGAUGGGGAAGGCAGCAUCCGCAGCUCAGAGGAGGGCCCUGGAGACAGUGUAUUCACAGCCCCGGCCGAGAGUGAAGGGUCAGGACCGGAGGAGAAGAGCCCCAGACAGCAGCCCCCCAAGCCCCCUCUGCGAAAGGACGUGGGGCCCAUGUACUCCUACGUCGCGCUCUACAAGUUUCUGCCCCAAGAGAACAAUGACCUGGCUCUGCAGCCUGGGGACCGGAUCAUGCUGGUGGAUGACUCUAACGAGGACUGGUGGAAGGGCAAGAUUGGCGACCGGGUUGGCUUCUUCCCAGCCAAUUUUGUGCAGCGAGUCAGGCCAGGUGAGAACGUUUGGCGCUGCUGCCAACCCUUCUCUGGGCACAAGGAACAGGGGUACAUGAGCCUCAAGGAGAACCAGAUCUGUGUGGGCGCGGGCAGGAGCAAGGAUGCUGACGGCUUCAUCCGCGUCAGCAGUGGCAAGAAGCGGGGCUUGGUGCCAGCCGACGCCCUGACCGAGAUCUGA